AUCCUAAUUCAAUAGAAAGUAUGAUUCUCAUCUUAAGAUUCAUAGGAAAGAAAGCAAACAUAAGAAAGUACAUAUCAGAAGAGCAGGAGGAGGAUGUAUACAUACGAUCAUGGACUUUUGUUUGCUGUGAUGGACUUCCACAUUCCCUUGUAAGGCGUUUAGUGGAAGAGUAUUUCAUAUGUUCUCUAUGUAAAGAGGGAUAUCUUGGAAUCGAAGAAGCUCAAAACCAUGCUAAAAAGAAACAUCCUGGAACAAUUCCCUACUUCAGUAAAGAAUUUGACUGGGUAUUUUUGUUAACUGGCGAAGGACAUUAUGAGAUGAACCUGAUGAAAAGCUUUAUGGAACUUAACUGGUCUGUCUUCAUGAAACAGUUUGUUGAGUUAAUGGGUUGGAAAUCAGAAAAGGCAUUGCAUUGUGCUCAACAAUGUACUGAUAACCACAAAACAUGGCAGCUCAUAAAUGCAUUUCACUUUGGCUCAAUGAUGGAACUGGUCCGGCCUUAUGUCAUAGACUGUUUUGAAAAGAGUCUUGACUGUACUGCUCAUGGUUUCAUUUCAUUUGUGAAACAAUAUGACAAGACUCAAUGUAAUGUAAAUUUUAUGUAUUUAUUUGAGAUGGUUUGCAAGUACUCACAAGGGAUAAUAAAUUUACGUGCUGCUGUAAGGCGAAAUAAUCCUCAGUUGUUGAUGUCAGCAAAAUGGAUGACAAAAGAACUCUUUCAUGGGAGGAAUCAUCCUAAGUACCAAGAAAUAGAAAUCUACGAAACUUUUAUUCGUCGAAUUUUGCCCGAUGUUAUGAAACAGUUUUUUGAACAAUUUUGCAGUUUGUCAAAGUCUGGGAACAAAAGCAAAGGUCAAGGCUUAGAUUUUCUGCUUGAGGAAGAAAACAAGAAUGUGAAAGGAUGGCUGAAAAGAGGAGUUCCAAGUGAUGAAUCGUGGUUAGCUACUUGUCGGAAUCAUCAAUCGCUAAAAAGCUUGAAGAAAAAUGUUUUAGCUCAGGCUGGUGUAGAAUCACUCGAAUGUAAUGAUAGAGAAUUGAAAAUUGAAAGUGCAAUCAAGGAAUGGAGAUGUCAUUUGAGGGAAUCAAAGUAUAUUGAAUCGGACUGCCAUGGACCAGUACUUACAUCCCUAAGUGGACAUGUGUUAUGUCAGGAACUGGUGAAUUUUACGUCAGAAGCAAAUCGAAAGAGAUCCUAUAGAAUAUUGGAUAUGAUACUUCAUCAAACUCCCCCGAAUGAUCCAACUUUGCAUCACCCGGUGUACAUCACUGUGGAUGAAAGAGACAAAUUUUCAGCCGAUUCGGCACUCUCUGUUCAAGAAAUUGACAACAAAAUAUUGGAUAUCAUUGAACUGCUACAUGAAAACUCUAAAAAAGACUUUAUGAAGCUAUUUGACAGACUUAUAAAAGUUAAAUCAAAUUUAAAAGAGCAACAUUUAAUAUUUUUGGAAGAAGUAUCACAGGCGGUAGCCCAACAAUUGCCAACCAUCAACGAAGAGCAUGUUCCAUUUCAUAAUGAACCAGACAUGGAGCAGGACUAGAUUUGUUUAAAGCAGACAAGUUAUUGGAUGAGUAUGAUCUAACCAGUCAGAAUGACAAUCUUCAAGUGCUACAAGAUCUGAUCCUUGGAGGUGAGAGGGAUCAUGGUGAUGGUCAUUUUCCUCAACAAGAAUCAUCAUCUUGUCAUA